UGUUGGGGGGGGGGGUGAUAUUUUUUGGGUGAAUGAUGAGUAAUUUGAUCGGCUUGUGACUCUGACGUUGUAUAAGUCUGGCUUAAAUUUUGUUAGGUAAGUACUGACGUAUAGAAAUUUACUUCAAGUCAGCAUCAAGUAGCCGUUGGUCCUUGGCAUAGUCUCACAGCUAAACUACUCUCUGCAACGCAAUUUACGGCAACAUUGACGCCGUUAAUACUCCUCUGUAGAUGAAUAUAAGUGUUUGUCAGCUGAGAUGGGUCCAUGCAUAAAUAAACCAAUUUACAAUAUCAUUGUUAUGUAUAGUACUAUAUGUUUGGUAGGUACAUAAAUAACAUUUUGUUUGUUUUUAAAGUUAACUUUGGGAACUCACAACGGUCAUCAUCCCAACAAGUAUGCUGGGAGCAAAUUAGCGAAUAACACAGUUUUCUGCUAACGUGUGCGUAGUAAUGCACGUGAGCUAAUGGAAGAUCCCAAUGAGCAUCAGUGCAUGAAAUAUUCACGUGCGAUAUUUUCCUCCCAUGCAUAUCGGUAAUUAUUUUGUUGCUGGGUCCAACGGCUAAGAUCCGAGAUUUGGUUUUGUGCAUUAACCCAAAAAAUUAGCCGAGUAAAUGGUAACCAAUAAUGUCUGAUUCGCGUAGCAAUAUAAAGACGUUGUGAGGGCAACAAACUGGUGAUAUGAUUUCAUAUACAAGAGGCUUCUUGUCAAGGACCCAUUUGGAAUUGAAAUUAUACUCGAAAGCUUAUAAAGGCAUACAAUUAUAUCAAAGCCCAAUAUUUAACAUAUCGUCACUAUGAAACAAAUAUUAAUCAUUGUUUACAAAAAAAUAUUAUCCUUAGUUUUCCUUCUCCGUACAUGAACUCAUAUGGUCAGAUGUCAUCUAAAUAAUUAAUUGACAAAUACUCGAUUUGUUGAGAAAAAUAAUAUCUUCUCCAUCUAAAUUUGACCAUGGAUGCUUUGAUAUAAUUAUGCUAUUUGAAUGAUUAUGUUAAAUCAUAUAUUCAAAGAAACGAAAUACAAUGAGGUAUGAAUGCCCUUUUUCAAAAAAAAAAAUAUAAAAAAUACAAUGAGGUAAAACAAAUUAAAUUAGAGGGAGAGUCUGACCACGGACUCUUUGAUAUAACUAUGCUGAAUUCAAUUGAAAAACUAUCAUAAUACAAUUCUCUGAUCAUACAUUGAAAGAAACAUACUUCGGGUCAAAGGAUUAAGAUUUUAUCGCAAAAAAACAUUUAAACGAUAUUUUGCAAGGUUAGUCAUACUUUUGAAUCGUUCAAAGUAUAUAUUUGGUCACGAUAGUUGACCAUAAAUUGACAUUUUAUAAAAUAAAAUACAUGUCGGUCUAUAUAUUGACCAAAAUUUUUCUCGAGUCAAAAAGAAAUUUCUAAAUUUCCUGGUUUCGGCGAACCAGAGAUUAACUGCGUGUAAAUUGAGUAUAGGAUGAGUCCUAGUUUUUAGUUGGAGAUUCCUGGUUAGAGUAAACUGUUAUUAGCUAAAAUAUCUAAACGCCUGUGACAUAUCCACUUGAUUGGCGCAUUAGCCACAUAUAUAGGCCUGUGAUUUAAACUCCAUCUUCCCACUGACUGGAUAAAAAAGGACGGUGAUGUGGAGUCGUACAAAGUUUUAGUUUGGAAUUUAAUCUAUCUAAACCAAAUUAAUACUCAGCUGAAAUUCUGGUUCAAUUCAAUAAUCUUAUCCUAAUUAACUUUUAUUGUUUGUGCCCAAUCCUUAGCCGUAUAAUUAUAUAAACUAUCAAAUUUUCAUUAUUAUCUGAAAAACGACUUAUAUAUUUUGGUUGCGGAUGAUUGCCUUGCCUCAACCUUAGUUGAAACUUGAAUCCAUCUAUAUAUUUUGCAAUUUUUAUAAGAUUUACUAUUAUGCUCAAAAAUGGAUCAGUAGCCCUUGUUUCUUCCAUCUUUUAACUCUUCCCUACCUCUCUCACAUUUUAAGAAUAAACAUAUUGCUUUUAUUGGACGUAGUAACUGGACCCAAUCUCUUUCCUCUAUUUUCCGUCUUGGAGCUCUCUCUUUAUACAACUUAAAAGAUCAAUAAUUUCUUACAUCAAAUAAUUAAGGUUGGUUCUAGAAAAAGGCAACAGAAGGUAGGGCCAAAGUGAGUUAGAUAGAUGAGAUUAGAAUCAAACGUACGAAAAAAUCCAAAAGUGUGUAACCUUAGCUGUUUUCGUUGUAGAACCCCCAUUCAUUUUUAUUCCAAACCCUUAUACGCAAGCAAUUCAUUCGUUCACCAAUAUCUUGCAUGACCAAGUUAUACUAAUUUUAAAAUUCUAUAAAUAAUGAUACUCUUAAACUAAUAACAAAGUCGAGCUAAGUUAUGUUUUUGGUCAUAGUUAAUUAGUUAUAGGUCACCGAACGAUUCAGUUCAUCAAAACAAAUAUGCAUGUAUAAGUCUUAUAUAUUAGAUUUUUGUUUUUAACUAGGGGAAGUUUGGGGUAUGGACCUAAUCUCCCCUAACCCGGAACUAGGGAUGGGACUGAAUAGAAGCAAGUGAAUCAUGUCCUUCAAGGCCGGCGAGACAUAUUUAGUUUAGGGGCCAAGAAUAACCAAGAAUGUUCCUAGCUCUAAUGAUAUUGAUGAACAUAAAUGUCUUCCGGUGAUAUUAUAAAUUAGAUUUAUAUAUGGCUUAAACACUUGCGUAUGAUUUUAUGUUUCAUAUUUUGAUUAAAGGCAGUCCUAUUUAUAUAUUGUUUUGGGUUGUUUUCACACAUCAAUUAUAUUAGUAUAAAUAACCCUUUAAGAUAUCAUCCGUACCCGACAGAACCGAUACGCAAUACACACAAUCUAGCACAUUCUCUUCUCUCAUGUUCUCUCUCAGUAUUGCUUGACUCAUCAUCGUGUUUAGCAAGAGAACCAAAGUAAAAUCAGAUGGACGUCUCAGCAGAUCGAACACCUUUUAAGCGUCACUCGUCGCUUUCAACGCUUGUGGCUCACUUCUUUGGCAUAUUAGCCGUUGUUCUAAUGCUCAUAUGGCUUCUCCAUUACCGCGAAGGCAUCGAGUAUGGCUCGGACAACCCCCUUAAGAUUUUAAAUGUGCACCCAUUUCUCAUGUACUGUGGAUUUCUCUUCCUCGUCGGCCAAGCGAUGAUGACGUACAAAACGGCAUAUGCCUCGCACCAAGUACAGAAAAUGGUUCACGGUGGGCUUCACUUAAUAGGAUUAGUUCUAGGUAUUGUCGGAAUCUCCGCUGCCUUUAGAUUCCACGACAAACUAAACCUUAAAGACAUGGUAUCUCUUCACUCCUGGAUCGGCCUCACAACUUUCAUCCUCCUCGGCCUCCAGUGGCUACUUGGUGCAUUCACAUUCCUUGCGCCACAAUCUUCAUCAGGGACAAGAGCAAGGAUGAUGCCGUGGCACGUCUUAGGUGGUCGGGCUCUAUUUUAUAUGGGCAUCGUCGCAGCACUUACCGGACUCAUGCAGAGAGCCACGAUGCUUGGUCAGAGCACAAACGCUGAGUCACGUCUCAUUAACUUCACCGGCUUAGCCAUUCUUCUCUUUGGCGUUUCCGUCGACUUCUCCGUCGCUCUUGGCCGUUAUGGUUGACGGAUUCCUAUAUUAGCCUACCGUUAAAUUGAUUUUUAUGCAUUGUAUCAUUGAAUGAGUUCUUGUUUGAUUGUUUGUUUUGGUGUCUAAAUGUGAUUGGGAGAUAUCUAAUUGGGCCCUGAGAGUGUGAUUGUUUGAUAUUUUGAUUCUAAAAUUUACUUUUGUAUGUUUUUUUCUUUGUUGUUAUUUCAUCUUUGAUGCUUACUAAAAGAAAAAGUCAUUAUUUGCAUAUUUUAA